AUGGAAAAUAUUGAAGUGCUUAAAAGAAGUUUGAAUACAGAGAAAGUAUUCUAUGAAUUAGAUUGGCAUAAACUUGAGAUGGAUAAAUCAUUUGGUGAUCCAGUUUAUGAUAAUUUUGAACGUCUUAAAAGUAAUGAUGGUCUUACAUUGAAUAAAAAACUAAAAUAUAAUAUUAAUAAAAAAAAAAAUGUAAAUAAAAACCUGAUUGAUGGUAAGAAUAAUGUUGAAAAAAAUUGUAAGUCUAUUCUAAUAAAUAAAGAAGAUAACCCAAUAAAAAACGAAAAAACAAACACAUCCAAAGAAAUUAAAUGUGAUUGUAAGUCACAACUAUGUGGAUAUAAUAGUGAUACUAAUAAAUAUGAGCAGAAUUCAAUUCCAAGUACUCCGAUUUUUUCAUGUAUAAGAGAAAAAUCACCAGAAAAAAAAAGUAUAUAUGAAAUAAAAAAAUGUAAUUUUAUAAAAGAAGUAAAUAGUGAAGACCCAUCUAAAAUAUGUUUUGUCCCAUCUGUUGAUAUUUUAUAUGAUGAUGAAAAAGUUAUAUUUUUAUUUUUUAUAUCUGGAAACUUAGAAAAUUUUAGUGUUCAAUCAAAUGAUAAUUAUAUUACUAUAUCAGGUAAUAAAAUCCCUUAUGAUAUACAAAAAUGUGCCAAUUAUUAUUCCUAUGAAAUAAAAAAAGGAUAUUUUUUAAGAACUUAUUUUUUUAUGAAAGAAAUCGAUAAAGAAAAUAUACAUUAUGAGCAUAAAUAUGGAAUUAUGAAAGUAUGUGUCUAUUUGCUCAAAUAA